AUGGAGCCAAUUUUUACUAUAGGCGGCUUAAUUGUCUCGUACUGGAAAGACAUUCUGAAGAUAAUUAUUGAGACAUUUGUUAUUUACUUGGUGGUUAAGUUCAGGUACCGUUCAAGAAAGGAUAUCAUUAUCUUCCCACAAAGUGUAAUUGACAAACUUGUGGAGGAAUUUGAUCCAGACGACUUGGUAAAAAAUGUUCCCAGUGACGUGAUGCUACCUAGCAUCUACAGGGAGGGGAUGAUUGACUUGGCAAACUUCGAUGUAUUUGGGUUGUCAAUGGAAAAUAAAGAAGAGAUUAUAGAGGUCAUAAGAAAGUAUGGAGUUGGAACUUGUGGCCCUCGAGGAUUCUACGGGACUCUAGACAUCCAUUUGGAUCUUGAAGAGACCAUUAGCAAGGAGCUUGGUGCCGAGGCAUCCAUUGUUUAUCCCAACAGCUUCACCGCCGUAAACAGCAUCAUUGCAUGCUUUUGUAAGCAGCAAGACAUUGUGUUUUACCAUGAGGAUAGCAAUGAAGCCAUCCUCAGAGGAAUUGGGCUUUCGAAGUCAAAGAACAUUGAGUUUGGGAGUGUCUCCGAUCUGAAGAUAAAGCUCGAGUACUUCACAAAGCCAAGUGUCAGGAACUUUGUUAUUGUUGAAGGGCUGUCGAGGAACACAGGAAGGAUUGUGGAUAUAAGAAUGAUACUGAAACUCAGGGACAAAUACAAUUUCAGGAUCAUCCUGGAUGAAUCGUACUCCAUCCCUCUUCUGAACAAAAGGGGUGUGUGCGGAAUGAAUGGCAUAAGCCUUAGAGAGAUCGACAUUGUUAUUGGAUCUCUAUCUGGAGGACUUUGCAGCACAGGAGCAUUUUCAACAGGAACUUACUAUACUGUUGACUACCAGAAGCUGUCUGGAUCCUCUUAUUGUUUUUCUGCAUCCAUGCCUGGAGGUAUGGCCAAGGCCGGCAUACUCAACAUCAAAAGAGACUUUGAACAUGAGGAGCUGAGAGAUAAAGUGAAAGCCUUCCACACAAGCUUUAGAUCUAAGACAUAUGAGAUCAUAUCUCAUCUCUUAUCACCUAUAAUAAUCGUAGUGAAGAAGAAAGAAAUAAGGAGAUCUAUGUCCAAGGAAGCAUUACUGAAGGAGGUCUUAGACAUAAGAAGUGAACUCCUCGAGAACGGAAUAAUCAUUGGAUUCAAUCACAAUCCAUGUCCUUCACUGAGGGCUUGCUUGAAGACUGACAUCCUCGAGGAAGAUAUUGCAAGACUCGUCACUUUGUUGAAUAAAUGGUGA